CUUUCUUCUCUUUCGGUUUUUUAAACCUCAUUUUUUUUAAACUUUUUUCAUGCCCAACGAAUAAAAAUCACUUUUUAUAAUAGCAGAUGCCGUAUAUUCCGUUCUUCAGUCGGCUCAGCCUGACUGAAUAUCAGGGCAUGAUCAUCGCCGCCCUGUUUUUCAUUGUCGAAAAGCUUUUGCGCGUGUUUCUGCUCCUGUUUCCAGUCGGUGCAAUCGUCAGCAUUAUGCCCGAAUGGCUUCUGCUACGACUCCGUAUUCCGCAGCUCGCAGGGACAAGCAAAGAAGCCGAGCGCGAGCUUUUGGAUGACUUCAACUCGUUUGCCGAAAUAAUGGAUUUCUGGAGCUACCCACACGAAGACUACCUGGUUGAGACGCAUGAUGGGUUCAUUUUGGGCACUCACAGAAUCACAGGGCCGCGCAAGCUGGCCAGUGCGCAGAACCAAGAGACUACGCCAGAGCACACUACCAAUACCACUAAUACUGCCGCUGCUACUGCUACUGCUUCCGAGAGCCAUAAAAGGAGACCAGUGGUGCUAUUUUGGCACGGGUUUAUGCUCAGCUCCGAGUGCUUUGUGUGCCACCCCGACUGGAUAAAUAUUCUGCCGUUCAGACUUGCAGAGGCAGGCUACGAUGUAUGGCUCGGUAACUCGCGCGGAAACAAGUACUCGUACAAGCACAUGAAGUACGUUCCCGGCGACGAGCGUUUUUGGAACUUUUCCAUCGACGAGAUUGCAAACAUUGACGUGCCCGCAACGAUUGAUUAUAUUCUGAAUGAGACCGGGGCCAGCUCGCUGACAUACAUCGGAUUCAGCCAAGGAACCACACAGAUGUUUAUGUCUCUAUCGCGCAACAAGCAGCUCAAUCAAAAAGUUGAACAUUUCAUUGCGCUGGCGCCCGCUUCGACGCCUCGCGGGUUCCACAACAGCAUUGUGGACUACUUUAUCAAGGCCACGCCACACAUGCUAUAUCUUCUCUUUGGACGGCGUCGUGCUAUGUCGCUCGUCUACUUUUGGAUCAACCUAUUGCCGCGCGAUCUCUACGUCAGCGCCUUGGACUUUUGCGUGGGAUUGCUAUUUGGCUGGAAGAUGCGCAAUAUGUCCCAGGAGACCAAAUGUAUUGCGUAUUGGCACUUGUACUCAUACACAAGCGUCAAGGCCAUUGUGCACUGGAUGCAGAUCAUACGAUGCGGACAGCUUCAAAUGUAUGACGAGGACCCGCCCGCCGGGCGGCGUCGCCAAGGGCAGUCUUCUGGGGCGCUCACACACUGGAACAACACGUACCCGCUGAAGAACAUCACUACGCGGGUGUCUCUUUUUCACGGCGGAGCAGACUCUCUGUCCUCAGUUGACGCUCUGCUGGAAGAGCUCAAUGUGUCGCUCAACGAGUCGCUGUGCUUCUCUCACUACGAGCAUAUGGAUUUUCUGUGGGCUGACAGCGUCGGCACGCUGGUGAUUCCAAAGGUGUUGGCCAUUCUG